AUGGAACAACAAAGGCUUUCAACAACUGAACAGUGCAAGACAAAAAAUUUAAAGAAAACAUCACCACCUAAUACAAAUGAUGUUUUGAAAUGCUUAGUCAAGUGGCUUUGUGCAGAGCUGCAGCAAAAGAAGCCUUUGCCUUCCAAUCUUAGUCGUAGCUCUCCAACUGCGAUAAGCUGUCUCGCAACCUUACUGAAGGAGCCUGUGGUUAAAGCAUUCUUUGUCCACUCUAAUGGAGUUAGGUUGCUUGUCCCUUUUAUAAACCCACCUUUCAUUCAACCCUCAAUUCAGCUUGUGUAUGAAACAUGCUUUUGUGUGUGGCUUUUAUCUUACUAUGAACCCGCCAUUCAGCACUUGGCUACCUCUAAAGCUCUUCCUCGACUCAUGGAUGUUGCGAAGAACUCCACAGCGGAAAAGGUUGUUAGAGUUGUCAUCCUCACUUUUGAAAACAUGCUCCCCAAAGGGAUAUUUGAUUCACAAAUGAUAGAACUUGAUUUAUCAGAACUUGUUCGGAGUUUAAAAUUACAAACAUGGAGUGAUGAGAAAAUUAAGGGUUGCACUUUGUUCUAUUUUCAGGAUCUAUUAUAUGCUUUAAAUCAACUAGAGGAGAAUUUAAAUAAGAUAAAAGCUUUAAAAUCUUUUGAUAUUUACAAAAAAGAAGUUCGCAUUGGUCGUCUUGAUUGGUCUCCUAUUCGAAAAGAUUCUACAUUUUGGUCUAAUAAUAUUGCGCAAUUUGAAGAGAACAACUUUCAGAUUUUAAGAGUCCUGAUUACAAUUUUGGACACAUCGUGUGAUCCAAGAGCUUUGGCUGUUGCUUGCUUCGAUCUGUCACAGUUCAUCAAGCACCAUAUAGACGGUCGAUUCAUAGUGACGAAGCUCAACGCCAAGGAACGAGUGAUGAAGUUGUUGGACCACAAGAAUGACGAAGUUACCAAAAAUGCAUUAGUAUGCACUCAGAGGCUAUUACUUAGCCCCAAGUAUGCUAACUUUUGCUAGGGUUGUUGACUCGCCACUAAAAUAUCCUACAAGAAGGCGAGGAGGCAAGGGCUCGUGUUUCUUAUCAAUUAAUUUUUUUUUAUAUUUUUAAACUCAGAAAAAAUUUAUGGGACUUUAAACUAGUUAUGUAAUUAAUUAUAUUUUCAAGAGUAAUAUUUUAUUUUGAUUUAAGUUUUAAUUAGUUAAAUUAGUCAAAUUAGGUGAGGCCACUUGUUUAGUUGUUCUUUUUUGAAAUCAAUUAUCAAAUCAAAGAAUCAA